UACACCCAACAACUCGCGCCCCACCCGUAUUUAUACCAAACACAACUUCAGUCAUGGCUACCGAUAUAUGCAUCCGGCGUCUGACGAAGGAGCUGAAAUUGCUCAUGAAGGACCCCAUCAAAAACCCCAAGAUCACGGUGGCCGCCGACGAAGCGAACAUCUUGGAGGUUCACUACGUAAUCGAGGGAUCAGAGAAGACGCCGUACACCGGGGGAUUUUAUCACGGCAAGCUCGUGUUCCCAAAGGAUUAUCCGCUCAAGCCUCCCAGCGUGAUAAUGAUGACGAAAAACGGGAGAUUCCAACCAAAUCGGCGGCUGUGUUUGUCGAUGAGUGAUUUUCAUCCGGAGGUAUGUUUAUGUUUUCGCCUCGACAAUGAUUUUGGAAUUCAAUGAAUUUGCGGCUGUUGUACUGCAAUGUCCCCGGGAAGGAUGUUUGGAUUUAGAGAUUAUCGAUUCAAGCGGUUUUUUCGUUCCUUUCUUACAAUUUUUUGUUCGAACCAAUCGUGGCGGCUACAACAAUAACAGAGUUGGAACCCUAUGUGGAGCGUUAGUACGAUUCUUACUGGUCUCUAUUCUUUUAUGAUCGAAUCGGCACCUACACUCGGAAGCAUCGAGAGUUCAAGGAGCCAAAAAGAGAAGUUUGCGAGGCUGAGCCUCGACUACAACGUUCGCAAUCCCACCUUUUGCAAGCUGUUUCCAGAGUAUGUGGAACUACACAAGGAACGGCUCGCAGCUAGGCAAAAGGCACUGGGAAUUUCGGAGGAGGACAAGGUUGCAACAAUUUCGCACGAAUCCUCCGAUCGGUUCGGAGCGAACGAAUUGGCAGAGAACAAUGGAUUGUUUGCCACGGCCGCCGUGCUAAUUUCUGUGUUGUCGAUCUUCUUUGCUAUGAGAUUCUUUUGAAUGACAAGCAUGAAUCACACAACCGAGGGAAGGAACAUUUCAUACAACAAUUUGCUUCGAAAAAAACCGUGUACAUUAAUACAAACAAUAAUAAUAG